AUGGAUGAUGUGAAGCCGGACGGAAAAUCGGGAGUAGUAAUCCUGGAAAUAGAACCCAAUGGUGGAACUGCUCUCGUGCAUCCUAAAGCCCGUACUUCGGCACUGAAGCAGCAGUGUAAUGCAUUGCCGACGACUGGAAAGGAAACAAAAGUGCAGCGAAGCCGAAACUCAUCGGUACAGAACGAUGGAUCUUCGCCGGUAGCUGCUAAGCAAUCAAGGCAAAGAAGCCGAAGUUCAACAGAAAACGAUGGUGAUGAGCAAGCCGCAGUGAGUCGAAUUGAAGCAGAGGCAUUCCUACGUGAUACUAGGCGUGAAACAUCUCCUGCAGAGGUGCAAAGGCCCCAAGUGGCCAGCGACUUGGAGCCUAGGACGAUUGUUGUAGGCACUGAACCGAGGACAUGUUUUUCGGAUCCAGAAGGUCUGCCUUCGUCAAACGAUGAGUUUUCGAGCAUGGAAGCUGCUGAAACAGACACACCGCUGCAGAAUUUUUUAAUGCGUGUUAGCGUCAACGAGGACCUACCUCGGAGCAAUCUUUCGGUUGGCAGCAAUUCUCAAAGCUACAGGUUUCCGGCGCAACACGCAACAACUUUUGUGUUGCAACAACCCUUCGUGGAACAAGACUCGGAACAGCAGCGACGACAGCCUUCGGUUCAGAAACCGUCUGAUCCAACUCCAAAAUCUCGUCACAAAAGUCAUCAUACCUUUGUAUAG